AUGUUUCUUGUACUUAAUGAACUCAAGAAUGUAGGUGAAGAUAGACUCGCAAACUUCAACGCUUUGAAAUCAAUUAUUACGGAUAAUGAGAUAAGAAUUAAUGAAAAGAAUCAACCCAGAAGAACUGCUCAGAACGUUGCCAAUUUCAUUUUCGUAACUAAUAACGUCUACCCUGUCAAAAUUGAAGUUGGAGACAGAAGAUAUGUAGUUUUAAGAGUUAAUGGUAAAUUUAAGGGUCAAUUUGAUUACUUCAAGAAUUUGAUGAAUUCAUGCACUAAGGAAUUUUAUGAUAAUUUACUGACGUAUUUUAUGCAAUAUGACCUUUCAUCAUUUAAUGUACGAAUCAUUCCGAUGACUGAAGCCAAACAAGAUUUAAUUGAAUUAUCAACAAAUCCUUUAGAUGUAUGGAUAAAUACACAUUAUGAUGAAUUGUGUGUAGGUAUGACGUGUAAAAAUGCUCUAUUCUGCAAACCAUCAGACAUGAAAGACAAGAAUUUCCAAAUGAGUAUUAAGGAUAAAUGUGAUAGGAAACAAAGAAAAAUAGAUGGUAAACAGACAUGGUGUUAUGUUUUGAAAGAAGAAAUGAAAGGAUUAUAUAAACAGGUUGAACCAAACGAUAAUGAUGAUUCAUUUACUGACGAUGAAAUACCUGUAAAUGAUGCUUUAUAA